AUGGGUUCGCAUAACCCACACGUUCGGCCAAGCGUAACCAUCCCCUCGCCCUCGCUUUCCUUUCCCCAGGUCCGACGCUUCCUCUGUCCGUCACCCUCGUCGUCGCCUUCGCUUCCGCAGCCCGUCGCAUUCGCUUCCCCCGCCCGUCGCCACCUUCGCUUUCGGAUGACCGUUGCCUUUUCUUAUCCCGCCCGUCGCCUUCGCUUCUUCCCCCCCGUCGCCUUCGAUUUCCCCGCGCGUCGCCUUCGCUUCCCCCGCGCGUUGCCUUCGCUUCCCCCGCGCGUCGCCUCACUUCCACCGCGCGUCGCCUCGCUUUCCCCGCGCGUCGCCUUCGCUUACGCGCCCGUCGCCUUCGCUCACCUCCUUCCGUCGCCUUCGUUCGCCACGCUCACGCCCUUACUCCCAUGCUCGCCACGCUCUCCCCUACUCCCAUGCUCACGCCCUUACUCCCAUGCUCACUCCCCUACUCCCAUGCUCACGCCCUUACUCCCAUGCUCACUCCCCUACUCCCAUGCUCACGCCCUUACUCCCAUGCUCACGCCCUUACUCCCAUGCUCACGCCCUUACUCCCAUGCUCACGCCCUUACUCCCAUGCUCACGCCCUUACUCCCAUGCUCACGCCCUUACUCCCAUGCUCACGCCCUUACUCCCAUGCUCACGCCCUUACUCCCAUGCUCACGCCCUUACUCCCAUGCUCACUCCCCUACUCCCAUGCUCACGCCCUUACUCCCAUGCUCACUCCCCUACUCCCAUGCUCACGCCCUUACUCCCAUGCUCACUCCCCUACUCCCAUGCUCACGCCCUUACUCCCAUGCUCACCCCUACUCCCAUGCUCACGCCCUUACUCCCAUGCUCACGCCCUUACUCCCAUGCUCACGCCCUUACUCCCAUGCUCACGCCCUUACUCCCAUGCUCACUCCCCUACUCCCAUGCUCACGCCCUUACUCCCAUGCUCACCCCUACUCCCAUGCUCACUCCCCUACUCCCAUGCUCACGCCCUUACUCCCAUGCUCACUCCCCUACUCCCAUGCUCACGCCCUUACUCCCAUGCUCACUCCCCUACUCCCAUGCUCACGCCCUUACUCCCAUGCUCACUCCCCUACUCCCAUGCUCACGCCCUUACUCCCAUGCUCACUCCCCUACUCCCAUGCUCACGCCCUUACUCCCAUGCUCACUCCCCUACUCCCAUGCUCACGCCCUUACUCCCAUGCUCACUCCCCUACUCCCAUGCUCACGCCCUUACUCCCAUGCUCACUCCCCUACUCCCAUGCUCACGCCCUUACUCCCAUGCUCACGCCCUUACUCCCAUGCUCACGCCCUUACUCCCAUGCUCACUCCCCUACUCCCAUGCUCACGCCCUUACUCCCAUGCUCACUCCCCUACUCCCAUGCUCACGCCCUUACUCCCAUGCUCACUCCCCUACUCCCAUGCUCACGCCCUUACUCCCAUGCUCACUCCCCUACUCCCAUGCUCACGCCCUUACUCCCAUGCUCACUCCCCUACUCCCAUGCUCACGCCCUUACUCCCAUGCUCACGCCCUUACUCCCAUGCUCACGCCCUUACUCCCAUGCUCACGCCCUUACUCCCAUGCUCACUCCCCUACUCCCAUGCUCACGCCCUUACUCCCAUGCUCACUCCCCUACUCCCAUGCUCACUCCCCUACUCCCAUGCUCACGCCCUUACUCCCAUGCUCACUCCCCUACUCCCAUGCUCACGCCCUUACUCCCAUGCUCACUCCCCUACUCCCAUGCUCACGCCCUUACUCCCAUGCUCACUCCCCUACUCCCAUGCUCACGCCCUUACUCCCAUGCUCACUCCCCUACUCCCAUGCUCACGCCCUUACUCCCAUGCUCACUCCCCUACUCCCAUGCUCACGCCCUUACUCCCAUGCUCACUCCCCUACUCCCAUGCUCACGCCCUUACUCCCAUGCUCACUCCCCUACUCCCAUGCUCACGCCCUUACUCCCAUGCUCACGCCCUUACUCCCAUGCUCACUCCCCUACUCCCAUGCUCACGCCCUUACUCCCAUGCUCACUCCCCUACUCCCAUGCUCACGCCCUUACUCCCAUGCUCACUCCCCUACUCCCAUGCUCACGCCCUUACUCCCAUGCUCACUCCCCUACUCCCAUGCUCACGCCCUUACUCCCAUGCUCACUCCCCUACUCCCAUGCUCACGCCCUUACUCCCAUGCUCACUCCCCUACUCCCAUGCUCACGCCCUUACUCCCAUGCUCACUCCCCUACUCCCAUGCUCACGCCCUUACUCCCAUGCUCACUCCCCUACUCCCAUGCUCACGCCCUUACUCCCAUGCUCACGCCCUUACUCCCAUGCUCACGCCCUUACUCCCAUGCUCACUCCCCUUACUCCCAUGCUCACGCCCUUACUCCCAUGCUCACGCCCUUACUCCCAUGCUCACGCCCUUACUCACUCUCUCCCCUUACUCUGCUCACUCUCUCCCCCUCUGCUCACUCUCUCCCCCUCUGCUCACUCUCUCCCCCUCUGCUCACUCUCUCCCCUCUGCUCACUCUCUCCCCCUCUGCUCACUCUCUCCCCCUCUGCUCACUCUCUCCCCCUCUGCUCACUCUCUCCCCCUCUGCUCACUCUCUCCCCCUCUGCUCACUCUCUCCCCCUCUGCUCACUCUCUCCCCCUCUGCUCACUCUCUCCCCCUCUGCUCACUCUCUCCCCCUCUGCUCACUCUCUCCCCCUCUGCUCACUCUCUCCCCCUCUGCUCACUCUCUCCCCCUCUGCUCACUCUCUCCCCCUCUGCUCACUCUCUCCCCCUCUGCUCACUCUCUCCCCCUCUGCUCACUCUCUCCCCCUCUGCUCACUCUCUCCCCCUCUGCUCACUCUCUCCCCUCUGCUCACUCUCUCCCCCUCUGCUCACUCUCUCCCCCUCUGCUCACUCUCUCCCCCUCUGCUCACUCUCUCCCCCUCUGCUCACUCUCUCCCCCUCUGCUCACUCUCUCCCCCUCUGCUCACUCUCUCCCCCUCUGCUCACUCUCUCCCCCUCUGCUCACUCUCUCCCCCUCUGCUCACUCUCUCCCCCUCUGCUCACUCUCUCCCCCUCUGCUCACUCUCUCCCCCUCUGCUCACUCUCUCCCCCUCUGCUCACUCUCUCCCCCUCUGCUCACUCUCUCCCCCUCUGCUCACUCUCUCCCCCUCUGCUCACUCUCUCCCCCUCUGCUCACUCUCUCUCCCCCUCUGCUCACUCUCUCCCCCUCUGCUCACUCUCUCCCCCUCUGCUCACUCUCUCCCCCUCUGCUCACUCUCUCCCCCUCUGCUCACUCUCUCCCCCUCUGCUCACUCUCUCCCCCUCUGCUCACUCUCUCCCCCUCUGCUCACUCUCUCCCCCUCUGCUCACUCUCUCUCCCCCUCUGCUCACUCUCUCCCCCUCUGCUCACUCUCUCCCCCUCUGCUCACUCUCUCUCCCCCUGCUCACUCUCUUUCCCCCUGGACUCACUUAUCUUUCCCCCCUGUUUACUCUCUAUUCCCCUUCGUUCAACCCUUUCUCCCCACAAUCCCUCUCACCACCCCUGUUCACACCCCUUGUUCCCCUCUGCUCACUGGCUUUCCCCUUUGCUCACCCCCUUCUCCUGCCUGCUGACUAUAUUUCCCCCUUUGCUCACCCCCUUCUCCUCUCUGCCCACUCUAUUUCCCCCUUCGCUCACCCCUCUGCCCUGUUCACACCUCCCAUACAUGCCCUUCUGUACCUCCAACCUCCAGCCCUCGCUUAUUCGCCAUAUCCCCUCUUCCCUCCCCAUUCCAUCGCAGAACCAUGCUUGUACAUGUGCCCAGCACCAUGGGUCCCAACAGGAGUGGGUUGA